UCAGAAUGGCGUCAGUUUCAUAGCCUCAGGGUUCAUGCCCUUAACUGGUGUGGUUGUGACUGACGCUAUGCUGACCGACUAGUGCGACGCAUAGCAACCGUCAACCGAAGCGGACCAGAUCAGCCGUGUUUAUGAGACGCCAGCGGAGCAGGAUUAACGCGCAUUUACGCAAAACUGACUGCAGCGAGAAGGGAUAAUACACACCGGUGCAUUAUUCAAAAAACAAUGUCGUGAGGCGACAUCGCUAUAUGAGCUGGUCUCGGUGAAGCCUUUAUUUUUUUGUCUCCGGAAGGAGAACUGGGGUUGGGACGAGUCGAGGGAGCUGAACCCCCACCUCCCCGCCCCAGAAAACAUUCACAUUGAGAGCGGUUUCCAUCACUCGUGUGGAACCGAUCACCGAUUAUACACGGCAAAACAACACGGUUUUCAUUUUGGAACAGAAGAAAAAAAAAAAAAAACUCUUAGAUUUGUUGCUUUUGUUUUCAUUUUGGGAGAUUUCACGUUUUUCACGCGUGGUUUAUUUGUAUUGAUUAUUUAUUUAUUUAUUUAUUUUUUGGUUACACGAAAAAUAUCCAAGCAAACUUUUAAAGCAAGUGAAAAAAAAUAAAAUUAAAAAAAAAAAUGCUUAAUCGGCGACAACAAACACGAGAGGAAGCAGACUUAGGGAAAGAGAAAGCGCUUUUCAAUUGAGCGCCUCUCGUUUGUAUUUGAAGAAAAAUUCUUGAGUUCGGUCAUGCAAUUGAAACUAUUUUUGUCUUUACUGACAAAGAUGAAUGUAGGCUGUGCACACUGCUGUUCAGGAACGAUUACAUGGGAAAUGGGAUCGUGUCUACUCUAGCGAUGUUAUUAUGAUGAAUAUCUACAUUGAAACAGCCAGACAUGGGGACGGUUUGUACGACUCGUACAUGCGAACAGACCAGGCUGGUAACCACGGCACUGACGCCAACGGCCACAGCCCCGCUGCUCUGCCACCCCUUCCCAAACACACAGGCGGGAGUGUCCACAAGACCUCACCAAAGGAUCAACAUCAAGUUGGGGGUCGAGACCAUAUGAAGAUUAGACACUUGCAUGAGGACACUUCCAAUAGAAAGCCAAACGGUGCCCUGCAGCACAAUGGCAUUCACAGCACUGCAAAAGCACAACCUGUGACGGCCAAAGAACGAAAUUUGGACAGCAGCGGCUCUGCCAAGUCCGGGGACAGCUUGGGUAAAACUACCAGGCCUGGCCUAUUGACUCCCGAACAAGCCUUGAAGCAGCACAAGCAGCAGCUCACUGCCUUGGAGCAGCAGGAGAUCCACAGCUAUCCUGAGAUCUACUUUGUGGGACCAAAUGCCAAAAAGAGGCAAGCCGUAGUGGGUGGCGCCAACAACAAUGGUUACGAUGACGACCAGGGGGGCUACAUCCACGUGCCUCACGAUCACCUGGCAUACCGCUACGAGGUCCUCAAAGUCAUCGGCAAGGGGAGCUUCGGGCAGGUGGCGAAGGUUUACGACCACAAGCUCCACCAGCACCUGGCCCUGAAGAUGGUGAGGAACGAGAAGCGCUUUCACCGGCAGGCGGCCGAGGAGAUCCGGAUCUUGGAGCACCUGAAGAAGCAGGAUAAGACGGGCAGCAUGAAUGUCAUUCACAUGUUCGAGAGCUUCACCUUCCGCAACCACAUCUGUAUGACGUUCGAGCUCCUCAGCAUGAACCUCUACGAGCUGAUCAAGAGGAACAAGUUCCAGGGCUUCAGCCUGCAGCUGGUGCGCAAGUUCGCCCACUCCAUCCUGCAGUGCCUGGAGGCCCUCCAACGGAACAAGAUCAUCCACUGCGACCUAAAGCCCGAGAACAUCCUCCUCAAGCAGCAGGGCCGCAGCGGCAUCAAGGUCAUCGAUUUCGGCUCCAGCUGCUUCGAGCACCAGCGCGUCUACACGUACAUCCAGUCCCGCUUCUACCGGGCGCCGGAGGUCAUCCUCGGCUCCCGAUAUGGGAUGCCCAUAGACAUGUGGAGCUUUGGCUGCAUUCUGGCCGAACUGUUGACUGGCUAUCCUCUGUUCCCCGGUGAGGAUGAAGGGGAUCAGUUGGCUUGCAUGAUGGAAGUUCUCUUCAUGCCCCCACAGAAGCUGAUGGAGCAGUCCAAGAGGGCUAAGAACUUUAUCAACUCCAAGGGGCACCCGCGCUACUGCACUGCCAGCACCCUGGCUAACGGAACUGUGGUGCUCAACGGCAGCCGGUCGCGGAGAGGUAAAAUGCGAGGAGCGCCGGGCAGCAAGGACUGGGUGACGGCCUUAAAGGGCUGCGAUGACCCCACCUUCAUCGAUUUCUUAAAAAAGUGUUUGGACUGGGACCCUGCCACACGCAUGACCCCGAACCAAGCGCUGAGACACCCUUGGCUUUACAAGCGUUUACCCAAACCUGUCGCUGCGGACAAAACGCCUGUCUCUAAACGGAUUACAGAACAUAGCACCUGCUUCCCAGGGAUUAUUUCCAAGCUGCCUUCCACAAUCGGAGCAGGCAGUAAACUGAGGACCAAUCUGAUAGGGGAUUCGAAUGGAAGCAUACCCUUACGCACUGUGCUACCCAAACUCGUAACAUAGGACUUUACAAUUACAAUUAUGUAUGGACUGGUUUUUAUUGUUGUGUGUGGUUUUUUUUACACUUAUGAAUUUGAGCCAAUUCACUUUACAUAAUACAGUAGCAAUGAAAUUAUUUUUUUUAUCUAUACCACCUUUGGUCAGCUGUUUUUUUUUUUAAGGAUUUUAAUAAGUUUUAAAUACAGUUUAAUCAACACUUUGGUCAGUGUAGUUUACAAGUCCCAUUCUUUUUUCAACACUAACCUUCAGAAAGUAUGGCUAGGAUCACACACACGCACCCACAUAUCCAUGUCACUGUAGCAGUAACAAAAGGGCUAUAAUCAUUUACAAAUCAUUUUAAGGGCUACAAUAGACCUUACUACUUCAGUGUGAAAUAGCACUAAAUUAAACUGUCAGCCUGAAGAGCUUUGUUUUAAGUAAUUGCAGUUUUAAUAUAUAUAAAAUACCAUUGCGUUACAAUGUGAAGUUUUAUUAUAAGAUACCAAGAACCACGACCUCAUAUCCACGUCAGUCUUCCGAGAGAAUUCAACCAGUGUGCUGCACGCUGCACAGAAGACUUUGUGUUCUGCAUACUGCUGCAGUACGAGGAUGGAAAUACGACUCCUGUUGCGUAGCAGUUUGAACCAUACCUGGUUUCGCAGUGAGUUUAAUAAGACAGACAUGAGCUUAUUACCCAUAAACUGUGGCUAAUCAAGCUGGUGUUAAAGCCUGGAAUGGAUGAAACUGCUGUGCAAUAUGAACCUUGGAUUUUGUGUGUUAUCCGUGUUGCAGAUUCCGGUUUCACUGUAUGAUUCAGUGUAUUGUUUGCCUGAUUAUUUUAGACUUGGAAAGCUGCCUCUUUCCACACAGUCAUUAGUUAAAUACACAUUUCCCCAUCACAUUGAUACAAAACUUGCAUGGCAUUAUUGGGGACAGUACUAAUCGUUAUAAAAAUAAAUGUCACAAAACUAUUCGUGGCAUUUUGUGGCGAUUAACAAACAAAAGUGCAGGAAAGCUGAUCUGAAGGAGCCAGUCUUUCGGUGCUGGUAUUGCAAUGUUAGUUGUCUGUUUUUAUUUUAAAGCAUUGCUUUUUUUAGUCAAAUUCUGGCUUGUUCAUUUCACCAGCCUGAUCCUCUUUGAAGAAGGUUUAGGGUUAGAGAGUUCAGUUGGUUGUUUUUUUUUUUUUUUUUUUUUUUUGCCAGAUUUACAAGAUGGGAAUCUGUCUGGUGUUCAGAUUUUAGUCUUAGAUUAAACAAUAAAGAAUGCGAUCUGUUUUGAAAACUAGUUUUUAAAAAAUGUGGUUUAGCAAGGCUUAAUUUGAAUAAAUACACACGCAAAGAAAGAGACAAUCGGGUUCUGUUUCUCAUAUGAAAAUAAAAAAUAACACCAAACGUAGCAUUGCAAGUGAAACAACUUCACUUUUUUGCCGUUAAAGAAUCCUAAUUAAGAAACUAUUGUAAUUUUUUUUUUUUUAAAGAGAAAUUAGAGGUGUUUUGAGUAUAACCCUAAAUAACAAUAAUGUGAAUGAUUUUCCUACUUUUCUAUUUCCUUUAUCACUGGCUGACACUAGGAAGGGUUUUUUCAAUGAGUUUUGUCAAUACCUUUGCACAGUAUUUCAUUAUUGUUCUUUUAAGUAGUUGUGAUCAUUGGUUCACUCUGGUUCAAAUAAGAUUAGUGUUGGAUUAUUCCAUUUUCAAUAUUCAGUAUUUACUGAAACCUCUCAAUCUUGAUCACAUGUAUUCCCUUUAGAAUAUAUUUGUUUACUGCUUGCUGUAACUAAUGUGUAGCAACUCUUGUGUUAUUUCUAUUCACAGAAGAAUAAGCCAGGUUGACUUGCCAAAUUUCAGCAAAAUAUUAAUUGAUAUGAAGGGGAUAUUGCCUAUUUUCACUUUGCAUAGCAUAAAAGUUUUUCAGAACUUUAAUUCAUUAAGAUAACACGAGCCAAUAAAAAAAAAACUUGGUGGCACACAUCUACUCCAGGUAGUGAGUGACACAUUUCAUAUAGUUUACAGAUCACCGAACAGUGAAAAAUACGUUUCCAUUUCUUCUGUCAUAGUGAAUCUCUUAAUAGGGGGUUAUAACACUAGUGUGGUGAAUUGCUGUAAAAAUUGUCGCUCCUCUGCUAAUAAGUCUAAUUUUGUAUUUUCGAGUCUCUUCCUAGCUAAGGUUAUGGGCGGUUCAGAUCAUGACGGUCAUUCAUACCAAUAAACAGAUUUCUGCAGGAUGUCAAGGUCCAUUUCCCAGGUUCAGUGAGUGUCUUUAGCAGGCUGAGUACAUGUUUCAGAAAACCAUUUCAGUUUGAGCGUGGAGUCAUAGCUCUGCACAGCUCAGUAUACUGGAUGCAGGUGCACUGUGAGCUCUGGUUCUGUGCCUUCAAUUAUCAACUUGUGUUGUAUUGCAGCGUUGACUGUGUUUCUUUCGACUUUCAGGGUUUAUGAUUUUUGUAUUUUAUAGACCUUUUUAGAAUUGUUACAAAAAUAGUUUUAAGAAAUGAUGUACAUACUGUAAUUUUGAAUUUGCAAUGUUUUAGAAGUGUGACUAAUUCUAAUAGCACGUGUAUUGUGUGUGUGUGUGUGUUUAAGGAGUAUGAGCAGGUAUUGUAACUCUUGAAGGCGGAAUGCUUGUCAAGGCUGUUAAGUAACCAAACAAGCUUGUAUUUGUUUAUUCCUUUUUUUAGUAAAAUAAAUAACUAUAAUACAUGCA